AGCUAGGUAAGGUAGGUAGGUAGGUAAGUAAGCAAGCAACCUGUGCAGAUCCAUCUCUGCCGUGGAUAAACUCCACCGCCUUGCCCGCUUUUGAGACCCAACAUCAGCCAAGACUGAAGUCCUUCCACAUCUCGCGACAACCGCAAGCCUAUUAUUCCUGCUGCCGCUCCCUCACCUGAAUACCGCCUUGGAUCAAGCCUCUCGUACCGAACCUAGACGAAAACCCUCACAAAGUUGAGACGAAUCGCAAUACUCUCAACGAAAAAUUAGACCAUAGUUGGUAUACGCGCAAUUGGAGAGAAAUAACAACAGAAAGAAAACAAGAAGAAGAAGAAAGAAAAAAAAACAGCGCAUUUUCACAAAUAAACACGUCAAUCAUAACCCCCCCAAGACUUGCAACCAUGGCGGAUUCGACACCCACCCAGAACCCCCAAGCCACCGGUAGUAGCUGGACCGCUUUCUUGAAGUCCAUCGCCUCUUUCAACGGAGACCUCUCCAGUCUGACCGCUCCGCCUUUUAUCCUGUCCGGCACCAGUCUGACCGAGUUCAGCUCGUACUGGUGUGAGCAUCCCUCACUCUUUGCCGCCCCCGCCAAGGAGUCGGACCCCGAGAAGCGCGCUCUCCUCGUGCUCAAAUGGUUCAUUUCCACCCUGAAGCAACAAUAUGCCAGCCGCAGCGAGCAGUACGGCAACGAAAAGAAGCCUCUGAACCCAUUCCUAGGGGAGCUGUUCCUAGGCAAAUGGGAGGAUGAGGCCGGUACUACGGAACUGAUCAGUGAACAAGUCAACCACCACCCGCCAGCAACGGCCUACAGCAUCACCAACGUGCCCACCGGCGUUCGUUUGGAGGGAUACAAUGCACAGAAGGCUACCUUUAGCAAGACCAUCAACGUCAAGCAGAUCGGACAUGCGGUUCUGACGGUUCCGGUUCCGGGCUCAACCCCAGAGGCCCCUAAGAAGGAGACCUUCUUGAUUACGCUUCCCUCGCUUCACAUUGAGGGUUUGAUUUUCGGCUCUCCUUUUGUAGAGCUCGACGGAGCAACGUACAUCACCUCGUCCUCAGGCUACACAUGCAAGAUCGACUACAGCGGCAAGGGCUGGCUGUCGGGCAAGAAGAACAGCGUCACGGCUGUCAUGUACCCGACAGGGAAGGAGAAGGAUGUCCUGUACAACGUUACUGGCCAGUGGACCACGACGUUCGAGAUCCAUUCGGGUCCUGCCAAGCAAAACAAGUCCUCAAAAGUGGUCGACACUUACACAGCCUCGGAGCACCCGACCAGCAAGUUGAUAGUCGCACCUAUCGAGCAGCAGCACCCUCUUGAGUCACGCAGGGCGUGGGCUAAGGUUGCGGCGGCGAUUGCAAGGACAGAUCUUGAGGCUGUGCACAUUGAGAAGAGUAAGAUCGAGCAGGCGCAGCGUGACCUGCGCGCUAAGGAGAAGGCCGAGGGUCGUAUGUGGCAGCGACGUUAUUUUUCGAUCCGGACGGACGCGCCGGAUGAGGUGUUGACUUCGCUGGGUCCCGUCGUUGGGCUGGCCACGCACGGUGACUCGGAUAGGACAGGCGGCCUUUGGAGGUUCGACGAGGCUAAGGCAGAGAAGGCCAAGAACGAACCCAAAUUGACUCCGGAGCAGGAGGCCAAGCUUGCAAAAGAGUGCCUUGGACAGUGAUGAUUUGAUGGUUUGAGGUUGGUCAUGGAGUAAAUGGGUAGCAAUGAGGUUUCUCUAUAUUUCUUUGCUUUCUUGGCAUACAUCCUAAGGUAGAUAUGUGGUUCGUAAUUGAUUAAAAAAACGUAUGGAAUGACGUUUCUGGGGGAGUGGUUUUCCACCUGAUUGGUGCAGGCCGUUGUGAGAACCUUUGGCGCUAGGCAAUUCCAGAAUCAUCGCAUACAUGGUAGUCGUGCAGACGGUAUUUUGGAAGAUUGAGCGCCUCUAUAGAGUUCGAUCAUUUUGGGUACAGCAAAGGGAUUAGACUUAUUGCACUGUGUUGACAGCUUCAUCAGGACAUGACUUACAGUUUUCCUAAGAGACAGGACUGUUUCUGCACUGUGGUGGACUGUUGACAGG